CUCUCCUUCUCCUAUAUUCCCGAUCCUUUGAAUCUUCCCCCAAUCUCUCUCUCUCGCGCGAUUCCUAGGGUUUUUUUUUUAGAAAAAAACCUCUGAAUCUUGUCUUCCCCAAUACUUUUCCCCUAUACGAUCUCUCUCAGAUUCCGUUUCCUACGGAGCGAAAUCUGCAUUCCCUGUUUGGUUGCCGGGAAAACGAGAACAAGCGCUUUCCGACAUUCUUUCCCGAUUGAUUUUGCUGCUCGUUUGAAUCAGGCCUGUUUAAGCUAAAAGCGUGUCUGAGUGAAGAAUCGGUUGUGAUUCUGGAGAUGAUAAGUUUCCAGGAAUCCCGUGCUUGAUGGACCGUGCGCCAGCCAGUAGCGACAAGAAAACACUGAAGAGGUGGUUUUUCAUUGACAAAAGAGUCGGAUAGAGAAGCGCUUUGGAAGAGACCUUGUUAAGAAUAAAAUCUUCCCUUAGUUGUCGUUUGAAGAACUGUGGUGUUUUAUGGAGUUGAACUCGAAUCACACGUCUUCUGUUCUCACUGACCCUGCGCCGGUCAACAAAUCCAGACUCGGCGUACCUUCGGCUUUGGUGCCUUUUUCGCAGUCAGCCACUUCGUUCUCGUCUGGAAAAUUUAUAAUGUCUCCAAGGAGGAAGCUUGCUAAGAUCGACGACGUUAGGUCCAACGGUUGGUUGGAUGCCAUGAAAUCCUCGUCGCCACCACGGAAGAAGCUCAUCAAGGAUUUCAAUGUGGAGGUUGCUACAGAAGAUGAUUUUGCUCACCGGAAAUGGCUGCUCAAGUAUCCUUCGGCAAUCAGCUCAUUUGGUCAUAUUGCAGCUCAAGCAAGGAACAAGAAGAUAGCUGUAUUUCUAGACUAUGAUGGGACACUUUCUCCCAUAGUAGAUGACCCUGAUCGCGCCAUUAUGUCUGAUUCUAUGCGUGCAGCGGUUAAAGAUUUAGCAAAGUAUUUUCCUACAGCAAUAAUUAGCGGUAGAAGUCGUGACAAGGUCUUCAAGUUGGUAGGACUAACUGAACUGUAUUACGCCGGUAGUCAUGGAAUGGACAUCAUGACCCCUGGAAAUGGUAGUGUGUCCCCUGACGACCCCAACUGUAUUAAAUCUACUGACCAACAGGGUAAGGAGGUGAACCUCUUUCAACCUGCUAGAGAAUUCAUACAAGUGAUCCACGAGGUUUUUAGCUCUCUCGUCGAGAAAACAAAGGGUAUUAAAGGGGCAAAAGUAGAGAACCACAAGUUUUGUGCAUCCGUACAUUACCGUAACGUUGAGGAGAAGGACUGGUCUACCAUUGCUCAACUCGUCCAUGACCUCUUGAAACAGUACCCUCGUCUUCGUCUGACUCAUGGGAGGAAGGUUUUAGAGGUUCGUCCUGUGAUUGACUGGAACAAAGGAAAAGCAGUCGAGUUUCUGCUCGAAUCUCUCGGACUGAGUAACAACGACGAGGUGCUCCCAAUUUACAUUGGGGACGACAAGACAGAUGAAGACGCAUUCAAGGUGUUAAGAGAAGGAAGAUGUGGAUUUGGCAUAUUGGUAUCGACCGCACCCAAAGAAAGCAAUGCCUUCUACUCUGUCAGAGACCCUUCCGAGGUGAAGAAGUUUCUGAAGACAUUGGUGAAGUGGGCAAAGGUUGAAAAAUCCACUGGUUAUUAAAUUGGUUGUGAACGAUGAACGGCGAGGCCCUCCUCCUCUCUACUUUAGCCUUUUUUUUUUAAACCCCUAGUUCGCCCCUACAAAUUUUAUUUUAGUUUUACUUUUUAUAAUUUUCAUUUUUUCCCCCACCCCAUGAAGGGUUUAAUUGAUUACUCUCCAGAUUUCUAUUACACUGUUAAUUAUUAAUUUCAUAUAAUAAGUUGGCUGAUUAUGUACAUCUGGGCCUUGUUUCCACGUGAUUGAGAAUCCAAGCCCAAUGCAAGACCACUGUCUGAUUAUGUACAUUCACAUGCAUCAGUGCGUAAUCAUUAACACCAUCUUAAUCCUGUAA